UUGGAUUGUACGGGAAGGACUCGGCGCUGAGAUGAAGCUCUGGGGAAGCGGGGCCAGGCGUUGAGCUGAUCGGGGUGUUUGCUGUUGCUGCCCGGCCGGCGUUCAGCAGAUCCGGGAGUCGGCUGUUGGGGCCGGACGUUCAGCAGAUCCGGGUGUUCGCUGUUGCGGAUCGGCUUUCAGUAGAUCCGGGAGGCUGCUCCCCUGAUGUAGGGCCAAGCUGGGAGGAAGUUCCUCAGUUCUGGAGGCUUGGGGGACAUUGCAGAUGCAGCCAUCGGCACCAGUUAGGUAGAGGGGGUCAUUAGUAUAACCGCUCCCGAGAAGACAUCCCUUCCACAUCCCACUCCCCUCAUCCACCACCCUUGAGGUAGGAGGUUCAAUGGAGCCCAAGUCUCGCAGAAGCCUUGUCAGAGUAUAAGUUAGAUAAAAUUUGACAUUGAACCCUCUGAAAGCUUAGUCAAACAGUCUCCAAGAAGGAAAGUUCAAAAGAAAGAUCUCUGGCUCGGGUCCCACAGCUGAGUGUUCACCGCCAGUGUUUGAGCAACAGGGUCUGGGAUGCCUGUGCUGCCAGUGAACCAGCCGCAUUUCAUUCGUUCCAACCAGAAGGAUGAGUACUACCUAAGCUCACUGCGGAGCUGUGCCAAUGACGUUUUCCAGAUCUUUGCUGGUGCCAGGCGAUGGUUGGAAUGGAGAAAGGAGAUAGAAUUGCUGGUAGAGUUGACGUACUUUUCCCUAACAACAUUAGCAGGUUAUCAGACACUGGGUGAGGAGUAUGUUAACAUCAUCCAGGUGGACUCCAGUGGGCGGCGGGUGCCUUCUCGAGUCAGGCGGGCAGCUCUCAUCAUCCUUCACACCUGCGUUCCUUACCUGCUGGAGCGGGGACUAAACCGCCUGGAGUUGGACCUGCAAGCUGAGAGCGAGGGCGUCCGCGCACUGGAGAGCAGAUGGGUGCUGGUACGGCCCAGGGUCUCGCAGUGGCUUCAGAGCACAGUCAGUGCCCUGUCCGAGCAGCAGAAGAAAGUGCUGCUGCAGGCAAUCUAUGUUCUGCGACAGGUGAUCUCCUUGCUGCACCGCUUGCACCUGGGCAUCUUCUACCUCAAUGGUGCUUUCUACCACAUCGCCAAAAGACUUACCAACAUCACCUAUCUGUGUGUGCGUGGUCUGUUCCGUGACAGUGCUGGAAUCCGGUGGAGUUAUGAAUUGCUCGGGAAGAUCUCCUUGCUGCAGUUGGCCCUGAUGGUUGUCAUGCAGGUUAACAGCCACAGGCAGAGGCAGCGUGCCCGGCAAGAGUGGAAGCUUCAUCGCAAUCUUCCAUGCUCAAGAAAUCCCUCCCAGGACCUCCCAGUCCGCAGUUCCCAGUGCAUUCUGUGUUUGGAAGAACGAAGGCACUCAACAGCUACUCCAUGUGGACACCUCUUCUGCUGGGAGUGCAUCACAGAAUGGUGCAAUACCAAGGUGGGCAGAUACAACUAACAUUUGUAUUUGCAUAACACCUUUAACUCAUUAAAGCACCAAGGCAGAAUGUCCUCUCUGCCGGGAGAUGUUCCAGCCGCACAAACUAAUCUACUUGCGUCAUUACAUUUAGGAGGAAAGAAUCUGCAUUUAUGUACCAAUUGAUGGAAGUAGCUAUUACUUUCCAGUCAUGGAAUUUCCAUAAUAAGAUAUUUUCUGUCAGCACUUCCAUUGAAGUGAUGCUUAUUCUCUUUAUGACAUUUUACCUGAAAAGAAUUAGUCUGGGUAAUACCCACUCAAAUCACAUGAAAUAGUAAAUCCACUUGAACAAGUGGACCUAAUAAUUAUAUCUCUUGGUAGCCAUACCAAGAACGCUCCAGUUCAUGGCUAACAGUCUUGGAGAAAGAGUAUCAUCUGUAAAUGAGUUAAUGCACCUUUAUUCCCUUAUCUGUAACCUAGGAGAUUUAUUUGUUUCUCAGGAAGCAAUGGGGAAGAAAGGCCACAUAUUUGAAAUUGCACUAUUCUGUCUCAUUGAAUACAGCAUUACCCUCAUCUGCUUUAGGCCUAAGAACUGAUGAGCAUUUGGGUGUGUACAAACUGACCUUUCUGAUCUAGUAGGUUAUGAGAAUGGAUGAGAAAAAUAUUUUUAAAUGUUCACCUAUUUCCUAUUCCUUUAGGAAAAUGUAGUGAUGUAAAUAAAUAAACAGUUGAGUUAUCAGGCCAGUUCUUUUAUUUAAUUCAUUUAAUUUUCACCUGUUUUCUCAGUGUGAAACAGGGCUGAAGAAACAGCAUUACAAAUUAUUUUAUUCACUUUUAUUACAAGUAAAAACAAAUGUAACAUUAAUGUGUGAUACUAAAUCAUGAGUUUGUAAACCCUAACACAAGGUGCCGCUUUAAUUGAAGAAAGGUAUUUCUCCAUGAAUGGUGCUCAGGAUCGAUGCUAACAUAUUUGAUGGAAUGCAGCAGGUGUCCUAUUUGCACAAUGUCUGGUGAUUUGGUUUCAUAUAAAAUUGUACAAAUGCACCAUUGCAAUGACUCCUUUCUCUUAAUUUUAAAGCAUUAACUGCACCUAGAUCAUCACGUAGGGAUUACAUUUCUACAGGAAUAAACACCUCAAUACAUUUCCUGUACAUUUUUGGAUUUGUAACCACCGCAUAAUCGAUGUGAGUCCAAAGUUCAAACAGUGUUCAGAAACUUUACUAAAAAACAGGAUCCAAGACUCAAGUCUAACUAAAAUGCUUCAGGGUCUUGCUACUGAAAUAGAAGAAAACGGGCAUUUUGGGUGAUGCAGCAAGUAACCUGUACCAAAAGUGAAUCUCAAUUCCAGUUCCUGUUCAGCAUCGUUGAAGCUGCUUCAUCACGAAGGAAUGCAAGGUGUUUCCAAGCACACUUACACCGCAAUGCUGAGCUUAUUCUCUCAUUCUGAGUCUUAUUUCAAGCUCUGAAGUUUGUGCAGUUUGAAUACAUAUGGGACAUAACAAAUAGUUACUGGCGUUGCACAGGGUAAAACAUUUCUGAUGUGUGUCCUUUAUACUGGUUACCUGUCGCCCAUAGGUGGUUCAAUCUUCUCGCUGUAGUGGGAUGUUAGAGACAGAGGAGGAAUCAAUGUCCUGAAAUAUCUUUUAGCAGAGAUGCUCGACCACAUUCCUUAUCCAUUAAUUUCUGGCACACUU